UCCACACGUGUGUGCUAAGCCACGCUUGCUACAAUCCACCUGCGUGCGUGCCGAACGCGCUAUGAGAUAGAGCGCAGCGCAAGCGCAGAGCCCGCCGCGCAUUCGACGGGAUGUGUCGUGUUUAGUGUGUUAUGGUGAUCUCUUCGAUAUCAUGGGACCCCAAUACGACUAUUGCCUCCGAGCUACAAAUAAUCCAUCUUAUUUCGCGCUACCAGACAAAGACCUCACUGAUAGCGCGGAAUCACAUGGCGCGUCAUCGGAAACAUAUUCUCGCUCGGCACCAAGUCGCGUUUGGCCUGAUUCUGUCAGACCCUUGGGUUCUCCGCGUCGUAGAGAACCAGAAAGUCCAAGACGGAAGGAAUUCCGUGCUCUGCUUCGUUCACUAUCAGCAAGAGAGCCGGAGCAAGCUGAAGCGUUCCUCAAGGGACAACCGAGACCUGGGGACUGUGCUCCUGGUGAUAUGAGACAUACCUUUACUGCUCCACGAAUAAAGAAAGGCAAGAUUAGUGCAAAAGUGGUGACUCCAGAAGGACACACACAAGAACGUGAAGAAGUAUUCUAUACGAUACCACUGCAAGGCCGUAGAAGACAUUCUGUCGGAGGAUACCUAGCGACGGGCGGCGUAGGUGGGGGUGAAGUCACGGCUGUGCCUAGUGAGGUGCCUAGGAUGCCACCCCCUCGAUUCACUCCCAAAGACGAGGAUGCAAUAAAACGCAGGAGACCUAAAAACUUUCCUUUUAAAGAAAUGGAAGACAUAGCAAUAUUGUGGAGCUCAGGCUCCCCAGAGAGUGCCUUAUGGUCUGACUACCUCGUCGCUAGCUUCGACAAAAUAAUGUCACAAAGAGCCAGACACCAUUACAGAGUAACGCCUAUCACAGCAGAAGAGCUGAUGUCGGGAGAUGCCCAGGAUAAACUAGAAAGACUGUCAAAAGCACAACUGCAAAUAUUGAUCCUUUGCCCCAAUCUCGCCAGCAAGAUGACUGAUUUGAAAGUCGAGACCAAUUGUGAGAACAUGUUCAAGGUUGACAAACUCUUAGUAAUGCUGUUGGGGGUGGAUAAAAAUCAUGUUCUGGCCAAUAAUAGUGAUGAAUAUCCAAACAUUGACCAAUGGCAAAUGAUGUGUGUGAGAGAGAAGGAUACGACGUUCGUAGACACAUUCCUGACGGCCGCUGUCGGCAUAUUGAGAACGAAGGACUGUAAGGACACCGCCACCGAUAAAACCAGCUUCUCCAUAGUUCCGAAGAAAGUCAAAAUAGGCCAAAGUCGAGUGAUAGCGCUCCUCAACGACCCCAUUAGGGAAGAGGACAGCAUUAAGAUAAUGGUCGACAAGAAGGGCGAGGUCAUACAAAUACCUACUUUUAAAAAGAGAAACCCAUACACUCUGCAAUUCGACAUACCAGAAUCAUGUUUAGAAGUAUCGAUGUUGGUGUGGGUGCGCGUGAGUAAAAAUGGACAACCACUGGGCCGUAGACAGAUCAAAUGCGAGAGCCGUCUGCGUGAGCUGGAUCAGUUACUUCGAGCAUCUGAUCAUCCAUUGGAGUUUAUGUGUCAGACACUCGGCUUCAAAACAACCAGCAAGGAGCAACUGGAUAGUUGGAUGUUGAAUGCCUUCCAAAAGAAUAUCCCACCACAUUUCAAUCUGCUGGCAUCUAACGAACAGUUCAACCCUAAAUCAGAUGUCUCUAGCGGUGAAGAAUAUCCGACGUUGCUGCACUGGGCUGCACGGUUCGGCCUGGAGCGUGUUUGCUGGCAACUAGUGGAAUGCCCGGGCGGUGGAGCCGCAGUCGCGCUGCGAAAUGUACGCCAUCGCACCCCUGCUGAUCUUGCACGAGAUCACAAACAUUACCGCCUUGCUGACAUGCUUGCAGAUCAUCUAAAAAUAAAUGAGUUUUCUAAUAUGUAUUACUACUUGAAGAACAUGUCGGAUAAUGACAAAGAAGAAAAUCAAGAUGAUACCAAAGAACUUCGUAUUGUUGAAUCCGAAGAUACUGUUGACUCUCCCACUUGUGAUACUUCUGAACAGACUGUUGCAGAGCACUCCACUGAUCCGUUUAGUGAAGAAUGCACUCAAAGCUUAGAAGAAAAUAGCGAGAAACCCAAAGACGAAAAGAAACGACCUACUUUGAAAUUACCAAAAGUAAAAGAACAAUUUUACCAAAAUGAUUUUCCGUUAAUUGACGACACAGUAGAUAGGAUACAGCAAGCGAUCGAACACGAUUAUUUAGUGCAACCUUCAAAUAUAAAAGUAGAAAGUCCAAAAUUCAGACCUAACAAUUUAUAUGCGAACAGUUCUCGUCUAAUGCCUCAACAAAACGAUAUAUUUUUAUAUUCACCCACCGAAGAAUCAAAGACUUUCAAUAUUGAAACUCCCACUAGUGAUAUAAGCCAAAUUACCUUGAAUACCAAAGAUGCACGUAACAGUGGUAGCGUGAAGUCUGGAAAGGAAAGUUGUCCUUUGACUGGACAAGAAGAAUUAGCUGAAAUUAUUAAUGAUUUCAAAAAUAACGUAUUUACUAUAUCUGAAGUAGAAAAAUUAGUCAUGGAAUGGAGAAAUAGGAAUGAAACUCAACAAUCUCUCAAGGAAAAACAAGAGCAAUUGAACAAGAUGCGCGAGGAAUAUGACAAAAUUCAACAGAAAAUAAAGGACAACAUGAAAAGACCAACGCCAUUUGAAAGAGUAAAAAAGAUGUUUUCGAAAAACAAGAAUAAAAAUCAUAACGAACAAAGUAAUGGAACAAUUGAAAAAAGAAAUGGAAAUACCCGACCAAAUAGCAGCCUAAGUGAAAGUUCUUCGUCGUCGGGUCGUCUUAGCACAGUUAGUGGAGGCAGCGUGGCCGAGACUAAUAGCGUCCAAUCGGAAAAUGACGAUAAAGCAAGAUCUAUUAUUUCAUCAUCAAGUACGCUCACCAUGCACUCAGCGUGCGAUAUAGAGAGCCGUCUUGACGAUUAUUUGAUACCGCCACCGCCUCGGCCCCUUAACGGCUGCCCGCAGUUUACUACUUUUGGACAUCCUAAACACGAUAAUAGGGCUCAACAUAUGGCGACGAUCGUGGAGCGCGAGGCAUCUGCGUCCCGCGAACGUCUGGACUGCGACGACGCGCACAACGGCACGCACUUGCGCAUGAACUUUGCGGCGCGCGACCGAGCCGCAGCCGCGUCCGCCCGCUGCGACGACCGGGACGGCGCUCACAUGUAUAUGAAUAUAUCUGCUGGCCAAACAUAAUCACCCCCAUAAGGGUCAGUGCACACCGACUGAAUAGCGACGGGGAGCAGUAAAUCGGUUGAAAAACAUUGAACAAUGACUCAGAGCCGCCGCGUGCGAAUUUUGGUGAUUUCUUGUCGUACUAAUUUCAGCCGUAUGCUAUAAAGACGUAUAACCGAUACAUUCUGACUUUUACAAAAUUGUUGUACACAUUUUAAUUCUAAAUGCUGUAUAAAUUCUCGGGCUCCUGUGAAAUAUUGUCCAUGUUAGCUAGAAGUUAUUGGUAAUUUACUAUCAGUUAUGUAGCUAAAGACAGUUUUCUAAUGAAAACAAAUUAAUUUCUUUGUGGUCUUCUCAUCGGUCUGAACUUACCCUAAAUGAGAUUUGCAAUCGAGUGUAAAGAGAAGUAAUUUAAGGACGAGAGAUGAUUGUUGUAAUCUGAAAGCCAUUGUAUCACAUAUUUCUUUCAUACCAUAGGCGCUCCAUAAUUUAUAAUACGUACUCGUAUGUUUGUUGCCAAUACAAUGUUAGUGAUGUGCAGGCAUUUUACCUAUCAAUAAUUGGUUUUAAAAAAUAUGGCUAUAAUUUGUAGAUACUCUCUUCACUAUAGUUUGAAUAGGAAUGUCGUACAUACCGUUUAAAUUAUAAAUAAAUACCAACGGCAGCGAUGUCAGUUUUGUUAAUAUGUAAUCGAGGAUUUAAGAAAAUGUUGUGUACAUCUGUAAUUGGUGUAAAUGCAAGAUGCAAGCCCUGUAUAUCAAUUAAAAUUAAUGUUAGUAUGUACAUUGUUGAUGUACCUUUUAAAAUAAAUAUACAGCAGAAUAAUGUCAGCUUAUAUAGGUAAUUGAUUAGUACAUCGAAUUUAUUAGUGUGUAUCUUGUGAGAAAAUAAUAAAACUGGAUCGAAAUGGCAACUGGAUCAACAUUUAUUUGAUUUCAUAAAAUCGUACAAACCGACAUCUUUCGCCUACUGUACAUAAAAUAAAUUAAAAUAAUCUAAAUUAUUUGCAAAUUAUGCAACGUGUACACAGCUAAAUCAGAGAUUAUAAAACAGAGCACGUAAUGCUCCGCGCAGGUGCGAGAUAAUCAAUAAAUAAUGCCUAUGAAUAGCCGGCGUAUAGAAGCAUUACUGCACAAAGUUGAAUUUUGUAUCCAUAUAUUUAUAAAACCACAAUUUAUUUAAUAUGACACCAUAUAUUUUUAUUACAUUGUAAAGCUUUGUUAAGUGGAAGAUAAUGGAUUAGCUCGCAUUAAGGGGCUUCUUAGUAAUAUCCAUGUAUGGACAACGAAUGAAGACUGAAAGAUACGUACAUUUGAUGUAAAUUUUGUAUAUACAGAUAGCCAUACAUUUUCUAUUUAUUUUUAUUUUAUAACUAUGUCACGAAAUACGUAUUUAAUUUUAAUUAUAAAAUAGUACAAAAUAUACUCAGAUAGAAUAAUGUUAUAUGUUUAUUUUAAUUUAGCAGUACGCAGGAAUUUUAGGAUGAAAAGAAAAUACUAGAAUGAUUUUUCAUAUUUUUAUAUUAACGUGUUCCAAAAUGCAUUUAUAUGUACUACAUAUUUGAAAAUAAAUGAUAAGAAUAAAAAUGACUUCAUUUGGCAUCUAAUUAAUCCCUUGCGGUUAAAAUAAAAUACUACAUUUAAAAUCACAACAUAUAUA